UGAACUUGACCCGGAAGUGGUUGUGUGUGGCCACUGACCUUAGCAAGCGUAUUCUCUGGGCUUCUCGUAUGUUCGUGUUUUUUUUUGUGUGUGUUUGUAUACAAUAAAUAACAGACUUGUAUGAGUGUAUUAGGGACUGUGAGUGGACAUGAAGACAUUAAAGAUUUGUUAAAAUACCCACAACAAACUGCUGACAUGCGUGUGAGCUCGAAGGAUUUCGGGAAUUAUUAUUAUUAUAUAUUAUUAUUCCGAUAUCCGUCUCCUGGACCCUGAGUGCUGGAGCGCGUUUAUAAACUCAUAAACUGUUUGGUUUUGUGUUGGAGUGUGUUUUCAUCACAGCCGUGUAGCUAGCUUAUGCUAGCGCUUCAUUCUCGUUUUGGGCUUGCAGAAGGAAAAAUGUCUGAUUUUGACGAAUUCGAGAGGCAGCUAUCGGAAAACAAGCAAGCUGACAGAGAUAAAGAGAACAGGCACCACCGAAGGAGCAGCUCCAGGAGUCGGAGCCGAGACAGGGACAGGAAGAGAAGGAGCAGGGACAGAGAGAGACGAGGAAGCCGAGACCAUCAUGGGGACAGCAAGGACCGAAGACACAGGCAGAGUCGGUCUCCGCCUCGUGAGAAAAGAAAGACCAAGGUAAAAAAGUACUGGGACAUUCCUCCUCUUGGGUUUGAACACAUCACACCCAUGCAGUAUAAAGCCAUGCAAGCUGCUGGACAGAUUCCUUCCACUGCCCUGCUUCCUACAAUCACCCCUGAGGGUCUGGCUGUGACUCCGACUCCUGUGCCCGUCGUGGGCAGCCAGAUGACACGUCAGGCUCGGCGACUCUAUGUCGGCAAUAUCCCUUUUGGAAUCACAGAGGAAUCCAUGAUGGAUUUCUUUAAUGCCCAGAUGCGCUUGGGUGGCCUGACUCAGGCUUCAGGAAACCCUGUUCUGGCUGUGCAGAUCAACCAGGACAAAAACUUUGCCUUCCUAGAGUUCCGUUCAGUGGAUGAGACUACACAGGCUAUGGCGUUUGAUGGGAUCAUCUUCCAAGGACAGAGUCUGAAGAUCAGGCGACCGCACGACUAUCAGCCACUCCCGGGCAUGAGUGAGAACCCAAGUGUUUAUGUACCAGGUGUCGUUUCCACUGUGGUGCCUGACUCGGCUCAUAAGCUCUUCGUCGGUGGGCUUCCAAAUUACCUCAACGACGAUCAGGUAAAGGAGUUGUUGACUUCGUUUGGUCCUCUGAAAGCUUUUAAUCUGGUGAAGGACAGCGCCACGGGUCUCUCAAAAGGCUACGCCUUCUGCGAAUAUGUUGACGUCAACAUCAGCGAUCAGGCUAUCGGUGGGCUCAAUGGCAUGCAGCUAGGGGACAAGAAACUCCUGGUCCAGAGAGCCAGUGUCGGAUCCAAGAACACUGCACUGACUGGAAUCAGUCAGAUCCCGGUGACACUGCAGGUGCCUGGCCUGAUGAACAGCUCCAUGAACCAGAUGGGUGGCAUUCCCACUGAGGUGCUAUGUCUAAUGAACAUGGUGUCCCCUGAGGAGCUUGUGGAUGAUGAGGAAUAUGAGGAGAUAGUCGAGGACGUCAGGGAGGAGUGCAGCAAAUAUGGCCAAGUGAAGAGUAUUGAGAUCCCACGACCAGUCGAUGGCCUUGAGGUGCCCGGGACUGGCAAGAUUUUCGUGGAGUUCAUGUCUGUUUUUGACUCUCAGAAAGCCAUGCAAGGCUUAACAGGCAGGAAAUUUGCCAACAGAGUGGUAGUGACCAAAUACUGCGACCCUGAUGCCUAUCACCGCCGAGACUUUUGGUAGGGGUGGAGGAAGGAAAAAGUCAGAGACUUGAUGGAGUGUAUGAUAUUUUCUGUUCUCUGUCCUUUGUGUGUGUUUUUUUUAAGCUGUGAGAGAAGUGAAAUAUUUUUAGAGUAACUAGUACUCUGAUUGGUGUACUCUACACUUACCUUUGGUACUCCUAUUGAUUUAUUCUCUGGUUAACAAACUUUUUAGGGUGUUUUCACAUUAGGACCCUGGGAUCGUUUGUGAGAACACAUGACCCCAGAGUCUGGUACAUUUUGGUCAGUGAGAACACAAUUAAUUCCAGGCUUGAGAACCGUGCCCGAGUCUGUUUAAAAGGGGUGGGUCUCGGGCACAGUACAAGCGUAACUCGUACAGGCACAGAUCAAAUCAGAUAUGAAAGUCAAUCAUACCUGGAACGGGUUAUCUACAUUUACAAUUUUUUUUUAUUGGAAAAUUAGUAUAAUAAAUAAAUAAAUAUUGGGCACAGUACGAAGGUUAACAUCUUUGUUUUGGUUUUCCCUCAUGUAUAAAAGUGACUCACAAACUUAGCAGGUGCAUACUACUGUAUCGGAGAGUGUAAAUACACAGGUGUACCUGUGUACAGAGAACAAAAAUAAUGUGCACCCUUGCCACUGGGGGCACUGGGGUGCAACUGCUCCUUGAUAUGGUGCAUAUCAAUCGUGCCUAAUGUGAAAACGCCCUUAAUCAGAUCAGGUGUGGUUCUGUGAACUUUCUUGCCUGUGCAGCAGACUCUUAAAGCUCUUCAAAAAAUAAACCAAACUACUGCCGCACACCGACAUGUUUUAUUUUAUUUUUCAUAUGUGUGUGAAGGUGGAGGCUUCAUUUUGCAAAACCUCAUGUUCACCCUCGCUCCACUCCGGGUGUCAUGGAGAAGGAGUAUUUUAAAAAGUGAAAUGGACAGGAUUUAGGGAGGGUUUUAGUGUCAAUACAUGGUUUUAUAAUAAUAAUAAUUAUAAUUAUUAUUGGUAUUAUUUAAAAUCAACCUAAGUUGAAAAAAAAAAAAAAACAGCAAGAAGUCAUUGCUUUGGAGUCCUGCAAAGAA